AGUCGGGCGGGUGCGCGGGGCGCUCGGGGCCCGGGGCCAGAGCUGGAGCCGGAGCCGCGCGGGCGCCAUGGAGGGGCUGCGGCGGGGGCUGUCGCGCUGGAAGCGCUACCACAUCAAGGUGCACCUGGCGGACGAGGCGCUGCUUCUACCGCUGACCGUGCGGCCGCGGGACACGCUCAGCGACCUGCGCGCCCAGCUGGUGGGCCAGGGCGUGAGCUCCUGGAAGCGCGCCUUUUACUACAACGCGCGGCGGCUGGACGACCACCAGACGGUGCGCGACGCGCGCCUGCAGGACGGCUCGGUGCUGCUGCUCGUCAGCGACCCCAGCGAGGCGCAGCGGCUCACACCCGCAAUCCCAGCACUUUGGGAGGCUGAGGCAAGCAGAUCACUUGAGUCCAGGAGUUCAAGACCAGCCUGGCCAACAUGGUGAAACUCCGUCUCUACUAAAAAUACAAAAAUUAGCCGGGCAUGAUGGCGCAUGCCUGUAAUCCCAGCUACUGGGGAGGCUGAGGCAAGGGAAUCGCUUGAAUCCGGGAGGCGGAGGUUGCAGUGAGCUGACACCAUGCCAUUACACUCCAGCCUGGGUGACAGGGUGAAACUCCGUCUCUAAAUAAAUAAAUAAUAAAAUUUUAUUUCACGCCA